UUUCCGCCGAGCCUCCGACACGCACUUUCGACUUCGAUUUGGCUGCGCUGCGUUUGAAGUCGACAAGGCACGAGGCCACGAACACCCAGCACCACCCGCCAAUCCACCAACGUCAAGAUGGGUGCCCACAAGUAUCUUGAGGAGCUGCAGAAGAAGAAGCAGAGCGAUGUCAUGCGCUUCUUGCUUCGCGUUCGCUGCUGGGAGCUCCGCCAGCUGAACGUCAUCCACCGCGCCUCCCGUCCAUCGCGCCCCGACAAGGCUCGCCGUCUCGGAUACAAGGCCAAGCAGGGCUAUGUCAUCUACCGCGUGCGUGUCCGCCGUGGAGGCCGCAAGAGGCCAGCACCAAAGGGUGCCACCUACGGCAAGCCCACCAACCAGGGUAUCAACCAGCUCAAGUACCAGCGCUCGCUCAAGUCGACUGCUGAGGAGCGUGUUGGCCGUCGCGCUGCCAACUUGCGCGUGCUGAACAGCUACUGGAUCAACCAGGACAGCACGUACAAGUACUACGAGGUCAUCCUCGUCGACCCACAGCACAAGGCGAUCCGCCGCGACCCACGCAUCAACUGGAUCGUCAACCCAGUGCACAAGCAUCGCGAGUCUCGUGGUCUCACUGCCACUGGCAAGAAGAGCAGAGGUCUCAACAAGGGCCACCGCUACAACAACACCACCAGCGGUCGCCGCCACACCUGGAAGCGCCAGAACACCCUCUCCCUGUGGCGCUACCGAUAGAGCAGAGGCUGCUAGGAUGGGUCAUAUGCUGGGCGACGUAUUACAGCGAUUAUGCUCGGGAGUUGCAUCGGUCUGGGAAUGUUUUCUACGAAGGGCCGGGUCGCAUACAGUGUGCACGCGGAAAGACUUCGGUGUGGUCGUAUAGCCAAAAAUGGAGCUUGCUACCCAUGGUUCAGACGAUUGCCAUUGGCCCAGCAUACAUUCACUGCGUUGCAUGAUCUGCCACUUUCCAGUCCGUCGUUGUUGUGCUAUUGUAAGCGCUGAAAUGUUGUGUCGUGCACUACUAUUUCGAUGCCAGA